AUGAAGUCUUUUUCUUUGAAAGAGACUGCUUUGGACGUGGAUGGAGUAGAGAGCAUCUUGCAAUGUUCUGGACAACAAGGACAAAGGAAUUAUUCCAGGACCCUGUUUUACAGGGAGGGAAUUGCUUUCAGCAGCAGUUCUAAUUCACAGGAACCAUUUGAGAUCUCUCUGAUCAAAGACAGAUGCCCCAAAACCAUUGCAUGUAGACCAGCAGCAUUAGAUCACCCAAGUCACAAAGAAUUGCAAAGAAUCAACAGGAAGUGGGUGGGCAGACGAUGUCAACAAAGAACCAGCGAUUCAACACCAGAAUCCAAUAUUAUUAUUAUUUUUUAA